AAACAAGAAAAAAAUUCAAAAUUUGAUCAAAACAGCUCUCCAACACUUAUCCGACUCUUUGCUAGUGUGCAUAGAAGGGACAUAUUGUUUAAGAAGUAGUAUUAUAUUUGAAGCUGCAUGCAAGCAUUUCAUAACACGUCAUCCUGAAUUAUUCAUAAAAUACUCUGAGAUUGCUUUUUUGGACAUGGUGUCGACAAAUUUUGAUAUCAUUAACGAAGUUCAUAUUAAAAUCUUGUGCAAAAGGUUAUCCACAGAAGUAAGAAUGUUGACGGAGAAGAAAUUAUUCAAUUUACUGAAAAAUGAGAGAACUCUCCGAGAAUUCAUUGAAGAAUUAAAAGAAAAAGAGGACGAGUUAAAUGAAUUUUUCAACUCGGACUUCUUCAGAUUCACUUGUUGGUCGGACAAUGUGUUGACUACAGAAUUCCUUUUACGAAGAAUGAAAGACAAGAGAAUUAUCAUUGAAAAUGCCCUCGAUUGCUGUUCGGAGACUGUUCGGAGAGCACUGAAAAAACAUCUGAAUUCAGACUCAUCCGAGGCUACCGCUAUUCCACCAUCACCGACCAUCUAUGGGGAACGGCAUGGACCAUUUGAAAACACUCUAACCUUUGACGCACUGGAAUGCCAAUGCCGUGAAUUUCCCAGACUCCGAUAUCACAACAAACUAGUGAGAGGGCUGGCAGAUAGAUUUGCAAAACUGCAGACAGAAAUCUCAGAGCUCAAAAUCAUAGAUUUCAUUCACUGGAAGCAAACAAAUGAAAAUCCUGUUAUAUAUGUUGCUGGAAAAAACCUCGGGAAGAGUUUUUCUUUUGUCUCGAAGCGUCGCGAAGAGAAAAUAACCAUAAGAGGUAUUGAGACAAAUCAUAACUACCGACGUCUAUCUAAGCCGACAUUCGCUGAUUUUAAGGGAAGAUCGCCCUCGUGUAUUCUAUACGAUUGUGGAGAUGAAGUAUCAAAACAAAAUCUUCUAACAGAGAUCAGAAAGUUAUCUAUGAAUGUUGCUGCUUCAGCUUUGACUUCGUUUGGCCCAUGUGUGAUAAUCGUCUUGAAACACGAAAAGUAUACACUAUCACCAACUGAUCUUAGAGAUAUGUCAGUAAAUGGUGUUCAAAUCGUUGCAUCCACCGGUGAUAGCGAUUUACUAGAGAACUUCACUUCAGCUUUUGAAAUCAUGAUGAUAGAAUACAUCAAACUUCUACAAUCAAAAUUAUGUUUUGAAUUCGCACCAUCUGCAAAACAAAUCAGGUCACUGAAGACAGAAUCAGAUGCUGUUAUAAAGCGGCUUCAGCUAGCUUCAAAACUACCUAAACAGAAUACAGACACCCCUGCAUCCAUGUCCAUACCCGAAGCAAUUCUGGCAGAGUUAGAUAACAAUGCUGAUAAAAUAUAUGGUUAUGGAUUUCGGCCAGAUGAGUUUUAUGUCCUGAUUUGCGACAGCCUUUCUUCUGUUGAUAAAGAGACUUUGCAGAAAAAAAUCUUGGAAUCAAAAGAAAGUGCUAACUCGAAUAAUGCUACUUCUUUCCUAUGGAAUAUCAAAUUUGAAAAUUCAAAAGGCGUUAAAAUAAUGGAACAUUUUGGAUCUGGAAGCCCUUUAUUACCGGAUCAAACCAAACCACAUAAAUUUGGUACACUUGGAGGUUUUGCUCAAAUUAACUCCAAAGAUGUUGUUGGACUAACAAAUUAUCAUGUUGUUGGUAAAAAUAUUGUUGCAUACGUUAAAGAUGGUGACACUUUAGUUAAACUAGGCAAAAGCACAUUUGUUCUCGUUCCUGGAGAGGAAUCUUUGGCUGAUGUUGCUCUUAUUGAAGUUGAGAAAUGUGUCUUAAACAGGUGCCAAAAGCCACUUGUUGAUGACGAAGACGAACCAAAGAGUGCAACAAUAUUUUUAGGAACACCAGAUCAAAUUUGUCCGGCAAUAGUUCAUAAGAAAGGUGCUUCAACUGGUAUAACACAAGGAACCGUGGUGGAUAUAAUGACAUACAGAGACGUCCUUGGUGAAAGAGAAACUCAAAGUGCGUUUCUGGUAGAAGACACGGAAAAACCUUUUAGUGCUCCUGGGGAUAGCGGGUCUAUCGUCUUCCAGAAUAGCUUGAGUGCAAGUCAAGAAGACAUAGAGGUAGUAGCGAUUCUAAAUGGAAGAUACAAAAGGCAUGAUGAGGAGGAAGAAUCGAGCUACGUUCUUUGCUCAAAUAUGACAUAUGUUUAUGAGAAACUACAUAGGAUGGGUAAAAAAUUGCAGUUUUUUAAAAAAGACUAGCUACAUUUCCGGGUAACCAUUAUAUCUCAUUCUUACUAAUAUAGUCCAGAAAUGCUUUAUUAUCAAGAAUAGAGGUGACCGUGCUAUAAUGUGAGUAAAUGCAA